AGAAUUUCAAAUCCGAUCAAAGCCCUCCAAAUCCAAACAAAUAUAAAUAGUCACUUUCGAUUCUCUCCCCCGCUUUCUCUCAAAUUCGCCAGUUCGGAAAUAAUUUUUCCGUCAAUUACUUCUAGGGUUUCCUCAAAAUUUCCCCCCAAAAUGUCGGCUUCUACAGUUUCCAUCACAGCCAACCCCUCCACCACCGCUCGCCGCCGGCACGUCGAGAGAAAGCCUUUCGACUCAGUUGACUUCGCCACCGAACCCAACAAUUUCACCGCCGCUGUUACUACCACCGUGUCACCCGCUGCUGACCAUGCGAAAUUAACCGUCGGCGAUGCAGCCCGAGAUGCAGUUGCUCUGGGUAGGAAAUCUUUGCCUAAUAACGGACCUACUCCUCGGCGGGCCACGGCUACCGCUCGGAAACCUAGUUCAAAGCCGGCGAAGCCGUGGUGGUUGACUGUAAUUACUAUUUUCGCGAAGAAUUUGGUGCUUUUGGUGGUUUUGCUGGGGUUGGCUCAUAUUGUUAGACAAUUGGCGCUUAAGAAUGGGGGGCUAACCGGGGAGGGUGUUAAUUUAGUUCCUGGAGAUUAUAAGGGGAAUAUGGAGAAAGUGGAGGAGUUUAUUAAGUCUACGGCGAAGACGAUGAAGAUGAUGCAGGUGCAAGUGGACGUUCUUGAUCGGAAGAUUGGGGAUGAGAUCGGGAGUGUUAAAGGUGAAAUUUUUGAGAAAAUUGAUGCGAAGAGUGGGGAAAUUGAAGCAAAAUUGAAAGAACUUGGUAGUAGGACUGUUGACUUGGAAAGUUUUGUCGGUCAAUUGGGAGGAAAGAUGGAGAAUUGGUUAUCAAAAGAGGAAUUCAAUAAGUUUUUGGAGGAGUUUAAGAAGGGAAAAGGUGGGGAUUCAGUGAGUCUUGAUGAGGUUAGAGUUUUCGCGAGGGGGAUCGUGGAGCGGGAGAUAGAGAAGCAUGCAGCUGAUGGAUUAGGGAGAGUGGACUAUGCCUUGGCAUCUGCUGGAGGCAUGGUGUUGAAGCAUUCAGAGCCCUAUACGCCGGGGGGUUUGAUAAGUGGGCCUAGUUGGAUCCCGCUGACCAAUCGGCACAAGGUUUACAGUGAUGCUGAGAAGAUGUUGCGUCCAAGUUUUGGCGAACCUGGUCAGUGUUUCCCCCUUAAAGGUAGCAGUGGGUUUGUGCAAAUCAAACUGAGGACGGCAAUCAUUCCUGAGGCUGUAACGCUGGAACAUGCUGCUGAGAGCGUUGCUUAUGAUAGGUCCAGUGCUCCCCAAAACUGCAGGGUCUCCGGGUGGCUGCAAGGAGAUUCAAGUGAUCUUGUGGCUGAUGCUGAGAAGAUGCUGCUUCUGACAGAGUUCGUGUACGACCUAGAGAAGAACAAUGUUCAAACUUUUGAUGUUGUGGACUCUGCACGUGCUAAUGCCAUUAACAUGAUUAAGUUUGAAUUUUCAUCCAACCACGGUAGCCCUUCUCAUACAUGCAUAUAUCGCUUAAGGGUACAUGGUCAGGAACCCAACUCUGUUUCAACGUUCGCCAUGCAAUCUUGAUCAGCCUUCAGUGUGCUACCACUUCCCCAACUGUUCUUCAAUUUUUGUUACUUUUCUGUUAAGUUUUAGUUUUUGGGUCUUUUAGGGUAUUUUUAAUGGGAAGAUUGAACUUUUAACAGAUUAGAUGUAGUUUUUGAUGGAAUUUGAUUUUCUAUCCGCUGGGCUCUGUAUCUAGUUCAUAAGUUAUUCAAACGUGGAUGUGUAAAUGUGCUUCCUAAUCUUUUUCCUCUUGCAGAAAAGAUGUCUAAUGGUAUUUGAUAUAUUUAUCUAUCGAGUAAAUUUUAUAUA